AUGUCUCAAAACACCAACUCACAAAGUUCCCUGGGCGCACCUGCCGAGAUCGUGCCUUCGACUCCAGUCCGGGCCACUUUGUCCCCGUCGCCAGAGCUCAGCGCUAUGGCUAAGCGCCCAUCGUCCGGAUCGGAUAAGAAGUUCCUCUCACCCCCGCCAUUGUCGUCAUCAGAUAUGACCCCUCCACCCUCAUCUCAGAUCCCAGGGGCCCCGCUUCGUUCUCGCUCCCACUCGCGCUCCUUGAGCCCUUCGUUGGUGAAACCCACCGAUCUGGACAAGUCGUUGUGCGAUGCCUACGGCGCCUCGGAGAACCUGCCCACCAUGGAGGAAAUCGACAACGCCAACGAAACCCAACUGCGCACUAUUGCCAAGGAACUUUUAGCGGUAGCCCGAGAGUCGCGCAUGUCUGCGCUGCACUUCAAACUGCAGAACAGCUUGGUCUCUUUCGCAAGCAAUGAAGCUGUCAAGCGCGCCGAGGUGGAGCAUCAGCUCGCCAAGCGCGAAGUUGAGAUUCUUCAGAGCGCCGAGUACCGCAGCCGCUCGCACCCCGCAGAUCCCAUCACGCCCAAGCAGUCCCAAUCUACCUUGAACUCCGACUAUCUCUCGGCUGUUCAGCGCUCGCAGGAGUUAGAAGAACUUAAUACUGUUUUGGACCGAAGACUUCGAAAGGCGAAACGUGCCAUUGAUGAAGCUAGCAGUCGGUCUAUGGACCUUGAAGAGCAGAAUCUCAUGCUGAAGCGCCGCAUUGGUGACAACCGCAAGCACUUUUCCCAGAUCUUCAACUACGGCAGCAUGUCGCCGGGCACUCAAAAUGAUAUACACAAUAUCUGCCAUGGUGAACACGCAGAUGGUCUCGCAGCUCUUCUCUACGCCGAUAAACUCACCAACCAGACGCACGCUUAUGGUACUCACUCUACAACCUCCGUCCCCGUCACCCCGAACCACUCGAAGGGCCAGUACCUCACUCCAAUUGGCCACCCAAGAGAGGAUCACUAUGAUAGCGACAGCACCGUGUCUCUCUCAGCCUCCGAGGCCGCGGAAGAGGCUCUGGCCUCCCCGCAGCACAUGCGCUCCACGGUUCCCAAGAGCAGCACACUGCUCCAGACAAAGCUGUUCGGCCAGGUGCAGAAACCCGGUGUGGAGCGAUCUCGCCCUGGAAAGCGCAAGGCAGACAGUGACGCAAACGUUGCCGCCACAAAGAAGUCCAGGGCUACAAAUGGCAUUGGCCUGGGCAUCAAUGCUUGA